AUGGGCUCACUGACCAAGUUACGAGAGAAACUAAUUGUACAUAACUACUUGCCGGAACAAGAGCCAGCACCAACAGGCCAGCCAACAGGAACAAGAGCCAGCACCAACAGGCCAGCCAACAGGAACAAGAGCCAGCACCAACAGGCCAGCCAACAGGAACAAGAGCCAGCACCAACAGGCCAGCCAACAGGAUCAAGAGCCAGCACCAACAGGCCAGCCAACAGGAACAGAGCCAGCACCAACAGGCCAGCCAGCAGAGACAAGAGCCAGCACCAACAGGCCAGCCAACAGGAACAGAGCCAGCACCAACAGGCCAGCCAGCAGGAACAGAGCCAGCACCAACAGGCCCAGCCAACAGGAUCAGAGCCAGCACCCAACAGGCCAGCCAGCAGAACUGAGCCAGCACCAACAGGCCAGCCAGCAGGAACAAGAGCCAGCACCAACAGGCUAGCCAACAGGAACAAGAGCCAGCGCAACAGGCAGCCAACAGGGAACAAGAGCCAGCACCAACAGGCCAGCCAACAGGAACAAGAGCCAGCACCAACAGGACAGCCAACAGAGACAGAAACCCUUUCUUUAGGCCAGCCAGCAGGAACAGAGCCAGCACCAACAGGACAGCCAGCAGGAUCUCAAGAGCCAGCACCAACAGGCCAGCCAACAGGAACAAGAGCCAGCACCAGGCCAGCCAGCUUAGGAACAAGAGCCAGCACCAACAGGCCAGCCAACAGGAACAAGAGCCAGCACCAACAGGCCAGCCAACAGGAACAAGAGCCAGCACCAACAGGCCAGCCAACAGGAUCAAGAGCCAGCACCAACAGGCUAGCCAACAGGAACAAGAGCCAGCACCAACAGGCCAGCCAACAGGAACAAGUCACACCUGUUUUUCGGCUUUUCCUAAAAUGGAGCAACUGA